GUUGGUAUAUAGUGCAAUCAGUGACAUCACGGCGCAUGAGCUGUCAUCUGAUGAAAAGUCGCUCUAUAGUGUAUUACUGCUCCGGAAAUGUUUGUUUUACAUUGUUGUAUUGAACUCAACUCAUACUAACUCUACAUUUGAUUGCUAACAAGAUUGACAGAAAUGGCCACUCUAGACACAGAAAUUCGCAAGCUUCAACCAAUCGAGCUGUGCACGUUGGCACACAUUUUAAAUCAAGCUGAUGCCUGGAAAACACUGAUGGCCGCAAUUCCAUCGCCUGACAAUCCGAACCACAGUUUAUUCAAUCAUGAACAUUUCAAAAUGAUCGAGCAGGCGAUUCGUCAGCAGCAACGAAGUGGAGCCGAAAUUUUUCUAUCGGAGUGGAGUACACUAGGUAAACAACGACCUACAUGUCGUUCUAUGCUUGAUCUUCUAGUGAAGGCUGAACUGUUCAGAGCUGCAGAUUAUUUAGCAGUGGACAUCCUGAAAGGCAACCCACCUGUACGUCCUAAUUUUGGACCAGCAGCUACAAUAGACGUAUCCGAAAACGCUAUUGAGGAGAUUUUAAAACAGCAGGCCGCAUUAGUAAAAACCUCCGCUCAAUCGACGCAGGACCAGGAGCCGUUGUCGUGGUCGAUGCACUUCGCUGAAAAACCGGUUCACGACGUGACUGCAACUUUCCACUCCGAGAAGGCUGAAGAUAAGCAGGAAGAACUGUCAGAUUUCAUCAAGUUUAGCGAAACUGUAAAAUCUGGCUUGUUGAAGUUUAGCGAUAGCGAAGUCAAAGUCCAGGAUUGGAUUGCUAAAGAUCAAACAGAAGUGUCCGAAGAUUAUGUGCUGCAAGAGGCCAGAAGCGAGGACAUACCACUGUGCGUUCGAGAAAAUGUUUUUCAAGAAAUCAACAGCAGAAUGAUGUCUACCACAACGCAAGAGACAGAAACCGCGACGACGAUUGACUCCUCGGAUUUUUCGGAAAGCACAAUAGCCAGUGAAGAAGUUCAACUUCCGAACAUCUCGCAAAACGUCAUUCCCGUUGUGGUGAUGGAGUACAACGAGAAGGAGAAGGGCGAAACAGACUGAGACAUUCGGAUUUAAAAUCAUACGUUAUUUUAUAUAUUCUACUAUACGAUAUGUACAAUGUAAAUAGAAAACUUAGAAUAAAGUAACAUUUUUUCCAAAAAUGCAA